AUGUUCCCCCUGGCACUGCUCGCCUGCGCAGCUGCUCUGAGCCACUGUGCUCUCGCAGCCAAAGUGUGUUCCAAGCCACCAGAAGUGAUGUUCGCCACAAUUGAUGUAAACAAAAAUGUGUACGACGUGGGUGAGGAAAUAGAAUAUACCUGUCGGCCCGGGUUUGUCCCCAACAACGGCCAGAGGAGGUACGCCUGCCUCCCCACCGGCAAGUGGCCUCUCAAUACCCUGCUCUGUCUACCAAAGAGAUGUCCCAGUCCUGGCCCCUUGCAGCAUGGAAAAAUUGAUUUUAUAGACCUCCACUACCAGAGUUCUAUAAAUUUUUCCUGUGAACCAGGUUACAACCUCGUUGGGACAAGAACAAGCCAAUGCAUGGCAGAUGGGAAGUGGAGUGGAACUCUUCCACAAUGUCAGCCGGUGACUUGUCCACCUCCUUCACUUCCCGAAUUCAGUGUCCUUUCCUACCGCCACUCAAAACCUGGAAACAUUUCUCAUUUCCUGGACACAAUAACCUUUGAGUGUGUACCUCCUCUCGCGCUUAUUGGGAACGAGACAGCUACCUGCACGGCCCAUGGCAACUGGAGCAGCAUUCCAGAGUGCAAGGUUGUCACGUGCCCCAUUCCAACGGGAAUUGAAAACGGAUUCGUAGAGUUUGCUGUUCGUAGAACUUACCACUAUAAUGAAAGCGUCAGCUUUGGCUGCCAGGCUGGUUACGUGCUGGAAGGACCCAAGCAUUCCCGAUGUGAAAACACUGGAAACUGGUCCACAAAGCCAACCUGUAAAGGACCAUGUAAAAUACCAGUUAAGAAAGCUGUAGUAUUAUACAAAGGCGAGAAGAAAAGAGUUCAGAAUGACCUCAAGGAAGGCAUUCAGCAUGGUGAAAUUAUAUCCUUCUUCUGCAAAAAUAAAGAAAAAUCAUGUGCCUAUACAGUAGAUGUUCCCUGUGUGGAUGGCAACCUUACCCUCCCAGCCUGCUUCAAAGAACGUGGCUUUUUUUCAAGUCUUGUGAAGAAGGACCCCUCAGACAUGAAACCAUGUGAAGAUGAAGCAUGA